UUGGAAGUCAGAGAGGGAGAACAAUACCAAUCCAGCCAUGGGAGACAACUCAAGCUUUUGGGACGGUCUGAUAUAUCCACAUCCUGUCUGUAUAAACUGGAAGUCAGAAGCAGAAGGAUCAAUCUACCACUUAGCUAGCAUUUUAUUUGUGGUUGGAUACAUGGGUGGAAGUGGGUUUUCUGGCCUGCUCUAUGUCUUCUGUUUGCUUGGACUGGGUUUCCUAUGCUCUUCUGUCUGGGCGUGGCUGGAUGUCUGCGCAGCUGAUAUUUUCUCUUGGAAUUUCAUACUGUUUGUUAUAUGCUUCGUACAGUUUAUUUAUGUAACCUACCAAGUUCGGAGUGUUGCCUUCGACAGAGAAUUCCAAGAGCUUUAUAGUGCUCUGUUCCAGCCCCUGGGGAUCUCGCUGACUGUUUUUAGAAAGAUUGUCCGCUGCUGCGAUGAAGAAAUUGUUACACUGGAGAAGGAGCACUGCUAUGCAAUGCAAGGCAAAACACCAAUUGAUAAGCUCUCCUUGCUUGUGUCAGGAAGGAUCAGAGUGACAGUAGAUGGGGAGUUUCUGCAUUAUAUUUUCCCGCUUCAGUUUCUGGACUCUCCUGAAUGGGAUUCCCUAAGACCCACUGAAGAAGGAAUUUUUCAGGUAACCCUCACAGCAGAAACAGACUGCCGAUAUGUGGCAUGGAGGAGAAAAAAAUUAUAUUUGCUCUUUGCUAAGCACCGAUUCAUCUCGCGCCUGUUUUCAAUUCUAGUUGGAAGUGACAUUGCUGAUAAGCUAUAUGCUUUGAAUGACAGAGUAAGCCUAGGGAAAGGAGUUGGCAACUUCAAGAUGAACCCUACACAAGUCAGUUCAAUCACAGUGACCCCUUUGGGGUUUUUCCCUGACUUCAGAAAUGCCACUUCUGUGCCUUUGAAUGAAACGGUGUGUGAAAACUGGAGAGAGAUUCACCACCUGGUGUUUCAUAUGGCUAAUAUUUGUUUUACAAUUGGAUUAGUUAUUCCAACCACUUUCAAUCUUCAUAUGAUUGUCCUACGAGCUAUGCUAACGACAGGAUGUGCACUUUUUAUCAUCUGGGCAACUCUUUUCCGCUGUGCCUUGGAUAUAAUGGUCUGGAAUGCAGUAUUCCUGCUUGUCAACCUUCUUCAUUUUAUAUAUUUGGUAUACAAGAAAAGACCGAUAAAGAUAGAUAAAGAGCUCAGUAGUCUGUAUAAGAGAAUGUUUGAACCCCUCCAUGUGCCUCCAGAACAGUUCCAAAGAUUGACUGGACAAUUCUGCAAUAUUCAGAUGCUAAAAACAGGUCAAGCAUAUGCUGCAGAGGAUAAAACAUCAGUAGAUGAUCGAUUAAGCAUUCUGCUAAAAGGAAAAAUGAAGGUCUCCUAUCGAGGGCAUUUUCUGCAUAAUAUUUACCCCUGUGCCUUUAUAGAUUCUCCUGAAUUUCGAUCAACCCAGAUGAAUCGGGGUGAGAAGUUUCAGGUGUCGAUUACUGCUGAUGAUAACUGCAAAUUCUUGUGCUGGUCCAGAGAGAGACUUACAUUUUUUCUGGAAUCUGAGCCUUUUCUCUUUGAAAUAUUUAAGCAUCUCAUUGGAAAAGAUAUUACAAACAAGUUAUACUCGUUGAAUGAUCCAACCCUAAAUGACAAAGCAUCCCAAAAAAUGGAUCAACAACCUAGUCUGUGUUCACAGCUCUCUGUGAUGCAAAUGAGAAACAGCAUGGCUAGCUCAAGUGACAGUGAAGACGGCUUGCAGCACUUUCUCCGGGGCACUUCCACUGGUUCCUCCCUCCGUCAACCAUCUCCUUAUUUAAGAGGAUCACAAAAAAUGAAACCAAUAGAAGAAAGUGUCGAAGAUGAUGUCUUUGAACCUGCAUCUCCCAUGAAAGUUAAAGCUCAUCCGUGACCGCUCUGGACAGCAUUCUGGUGAAUAGCAGGAAGGUGACC